ACCCUUGAAUGCAUCAAUAUCAAUAGCUGCUUAUGUUCCUCUCAACUGUGUAGGCAAACUGCGCAUGCGCAUGACCGAGCUCUCGGAAGCAAAGUCGGCCUGAUCCAAGGGGUCCACAUCAAGAAUCGAAAAUAAGCGGUAGUUGCUACUUUGGAAACGACAUUAGGAGCCAUGUCAGGAUUGCUGGACGGGAUUCGGUGCGGAGAAUGCGACUGCAAUGUGGACUGGAGUGAAAAAAGAAACACCGUCGCAUCGAUAGCUGCUGGGGUUCUGUUCUUCACUGGUUGGUGGAUCAUCAUCGAUGCAGCAGUGAAGUAUCCUGCUCAAGAGGAAUUUCCCCAUUCUUAUCACACAUGUGGAGUCAUCGCAACGGUGGCUUUUCUGAUGAUAAAUGCUGUGUCAAAUGGCCAAGUGAGAGGUGACAGCUACAGUGAAGGCUGCAUGGGGCAGACAGGUUCUCGCGUGUGGCUCUUCAUUGGCUUCAUGCUGUCUUUUGGAUCCCUCAUUGCCUCCAUGUGGAUCCUCUUUGGAGGUUUUGUAGUGCCUAAGAAUCCUAUCGUGUACCCUGGAAUUGCCAUUUUCUUCCAGAAUGCAUUCAUUUUCUUCGCGGCCCUGGUGUUCAAGUUUGGACGUACAGAGGAUCUGUGGCAAUAACUGACUCCCAAGUGUGUCUGUCCAUCAUUGUUAGACUGCUUUCUUUGUUGUUUCGGACAAUAUGCUUCAGGCUUCAGUGGUUCUUCAUCACUUUAUAUGUAGCCUUUGUAGCGUGCAGGAUUGACUUGUUUUAAUUUAUAUUUUUGUUGUUGUUUUAAAAGGCUAACUCCUAACCAAGCACAAAUCGUAGAAUAAU